AUGAAGCCGAAAGCUCGGAAUCAGUUGGAUAUGUUCCCUCUUUUACCCUAUAUUCCUUUUGAUGGCGAAUGGGACGCCAAUGCUAUUACUGUUGCUGGUGGAAAAGGUCCUGGUUCUACAUUUAAUAGACUUUAUUCUCCUAAAGGUCUUUAUUUGACCAAGAGUCACACUAUGUUUAUUGCUGAUAGUAUGAAUCAUAGAAUUUUGAAAAUUAAGCAAGAAACUAUAGCUGGUCAAAUAAUUGCUGGCAAAAAUUUAAAGGGAUAUGCAUCUGAUUUAUUAAGUGCACCAUCUACUAUAAUCUUUGAUAAAGCAUCAAAGAGUGUUUUGAUCUGUGACUAUCAUAAUCGUCGAGUACUGCAAAAAUGUGUUGGUAGAAGAAAGACAUACACGAAGACAAUUAUUAAGAACAUUGAAUGUUUUGGACUGGCUCUUGAUGAAGAAGGAUAUCUUUACGUUUCUGACACUGAACGACAUGAAGUAAGACGAUAUGGGCUGGGUGAUAGGUUUGGAACGGUUGUAGCUGGUGGCAAUGGGCAAGGCCGUCGUCUCCAUCAACUAAAUCAUCCGAUGUACAUUGCUAUUGGAGAUGACCAAUGUGUAUAUGUGUCAGACUCGUGGAAUGAUCGUGUCAUGAAAUGGGAGAAAGGCGCAACAAAAGGUAUUAUUGUUGCUGGUGGCCAGAGAAAGGGGACAGAUCGAAACCAAUUGGACUAUCCUACCGGAGUGCUAGUAGAUCGACUCGACUUCGUCUACGUAUCUGAUCACUGGAAUAAUCGAGUGAUGCGCUGGAGAAACGGAAUGCUGUUAGGGGAAAUCCUCGUUGGUGGAAACAUUCCAGGAAACCUUCCAAACCAAUUGAAUGGUCCCGAAGGCUUAGCAUUUGACGAAGAUGGCAAUCUUUGGGUGGCGGAUUCAAACAAUCAUCGAAUUCAAAGAUUCAACAUUCUAAAAAUUUAA